AUGGGCGCCUAUCUCUAUGGGCGCCUAUCUCUAGGGGCGCCUAUCUCUAUGGGCGCCUAUCUCUAUGGGCGCCUAUCUCUAGGAGCGCCUUUCUCUAGGGGCGCCUAUCUCUAUGGGCGCCUAUCUCUAGGGGCGCCUAUCUCUAUGGCCGCCUAUCUCUAUGGGCGCCUAUCUCUAGGGGCGCCUAUCUCUAGGGGCGCCUAUCUCUAUGGGCGCCUAUCUCUAUGGGCGCCUAUCUCUAUGGGCGCCUAUCUCUAUGGGCGCCUAUCUUUAGGGGCGCCUAUCUCUAUGGGCGCCUAUCUCUAUGGGCGCCUAUCUCUAGGGGCGCCUAUCUCUAGGGGCGCCUAUCUCUAUGGGCGCCUAUCUGGGCGCCUAUCUCUAGGGGCGCCUAUCUCUAGGAGCGCCUUUCUCUAUGGCGCCUAUCUCUAUGGCCGCCUAUCUCUAUGGGCGCCUAUCUCUAUGGGCGCCUAUCUCUAUGGGCGCCUAUCUCUAGGGGCGCCUAUCUCUGGGGGCGCCUAUCUCUAUGGGCGCCUAUCUCUAUGGGCGCCUAUCUCUAGGGGCGCCUUUCUCUUUGGGCGCCUAUCUCUAGAGGCGCCUAUCUCUAUGGGCGCCUAUCUCUAUGGCCGCCUAUCUCUAUGGGCGCCUAUCUCUAUGGGCGCCUAUCUCUAUGGGCGCCUAUCUCUAUGGGCGCCUAUCUCUAUGGGCGCCUAUCUCUAUGGGCGCCUAUCUCUAGGGCCCUUGUUCUUCCAAUUUUGCACACGCUUGGCCCUUGUUCUUCCAAUUUUGCACACGCUAGGCCCUUGUUCUUCCAAUUUUGCACACGCUGGGCCCUUGUUCUUCCAAUUUUGCACACGCUAG